AUGGCCGAUAGUUCUGACUUUCAGCUCCCACCUAUUCUUGCCUACCCUUCCGCACAAAUUCAAAACCAGAUACCACCAGAGGAAUGGGAGGCUUGCCUGGAUCUCUGGAUCAACAGCGUCGAGUUGAGACUGGGUCUCUCCGACAGUCGAUUCUCGAAAGCUCAGCCACAGGCCCUGGGCACGACUUUUCUACUUUCCUAUUUGACCCAAAAUGCCUCUUUUAAAUCCACUAGGAACGCUAAAGAGGUACACUUGCGCAAAGACUGCUUCCGGCUAGUGAAGAGAUUGCUGACUAGCAGCAAUGAGCAACUGUCUGCACUUGUCAUCUUCGAACUGCUGGGCCAAGGAAGCACGGUGUAUGGAGGUACGGAAAGCUGGAGCAAGUUAAUCCAAUCACUCUGGGUAUCCAAACAAAAGAGGACCAGGAAGGCAGUCGAAGCUGCAAAGAAUAAGGUGGCCGAAGCAAGUACAGCCCAAGAACAAUUAUCUUGGCUCAAAAUGGUUUCUACACUGACCAAGUCUCUACCAUUGGUAGCUACCAUAACAGCAGCAGGAGCGGAUUAUCUUGAUAUGCUAUCAGAGAUCUACCAUGCAGGCUCGGCAGAAGUCCGUAUGGCCGUGACUGAAAACGUCUUCUAUUCCUUCUUGGCCCUGCUUCAGACAAAGCACGUAACCAUACUGACGGACAACAUUUACCAUAUGAAAUCGGAAAGUGAGCGUCUCCAGAAAUUGAACCCCGACUCUCCCACCGUGCUCUCGAGCCUGUUAUGUUCGACAUCGUUUCUCAAGCACUUCGUAUCUGAUGCAGAUAACGCUAUCCGACGCCAAGCGCUAAUUGACCAGCUCAAUGCUUACCGGCUGGCAAUGCUUCACCUCCAUCCACCACCAGUCAGGAAGGAUCGGCGGAAGGGUAAGGAGCGGGCUCAAGAAGACACUAGUAUGCAUAUGCAUCGAGCAGCAAAAGUCUCACAAGUACACGAACUUUUCCCCGAUCUCAGCACUACGUACAUUUUGAAAGCUCUCGAUGCUUAUGCAGAUGACGCUGAGAAAGUCGUUGCAGCACUUCUCGAGCCAGAAAACUUGCCCUUAGAGCUUCAGGAUCAGAACCUGCCCGAAGCUGAUUACCACUCGCAAGUUAACCCUGUGGACCUCGAACCAAGAUCGACCCCAGACAAUAUAUCUGAAACAAGGAAUGCCUUCGACAACGAUGACUUCGCCAGACUUCGAAUAUCUUCGAACCAACUAAGAAGGGGCAAAAAGGAAAUUGGGAAUGAGGUCGAGACAUCUGAUCAGCAUGCAAAUUCCAAAGCUGCUAUUCUGUCUGCUCUGGCCACGUUCGACUCAGACGACGACGAGCGCGAUGAUACAUACGACAUAGCGGAUGUUGGUGGUGCUGUAGACAAUACCGUCGACACUGACGAGCGACGCCCACCUCAAACAGAUGUUAACGAAGGUGUUCUCUACAAAACUUGGAAGGAGACACCUACACUCUUCGCAAGGGACAGUAAGACACGAGCCUCGAACAUUCGGCAACAACUCAAGCGAGAAACAGGCAUGAGUGAUGAACAAAUCGAGGGCUGGGCGAUCAUGCUCAAUAAGGACAAGAAGUUGCAGGACAGUCUACAGGACAAGUACUCGACCGCUCGUGCUUUCUCUGGCCAGCAGAGAGCUCUCCAGAGUACGAAGUGGCAGGCAAAUCUUUCGGCCGAAAACUCAGAGACUGAAAGCGGCCCAGAAAGGUCGAACGACAGUAGAAGGAUGGGUCAAGCAGGUAUACGCGGUCAUCGAAAUUUUGGAGGUGAUCGAGGUCGUGGGGGUGGAAGCACAGCAGGUCCUUCGGGCGAGGCUGCGAUUCAACAAGCUAGAAAGCGUAAGGAGCAGGGUCGAGGUCGAGGUGGCGCAAACAGCCGUAGAGAUGCACGAGCAAAGAAAGUUGGUCGUGGCAUGGGGCCGUUGCCACAGUCUUGA